AUGACAACCACCACAUCAACAUCAACAACAACAACAACAACCCCAGCCAAAAAGCCCAAGACCAAACCCCAAACAUCCCAACCCGAAACCCCCUUAGACCUCAGCGCUAACUUCGCCAACAACCGCAAAGUCCCCGUGGGCUACGACCAUGAAGUCUACCUCCAGUUAACGGCAGGAAGGAACGCCGAAAAGACGCAAAAUCAAGUGUAUCGGGAGGAACGGGUUCGGCAGUGGACGACGAGGGCUUUGGAUCCGGCGAUUUUGGAUCCGCAGGGGGAGCCUGGGCCGGUGGAUUUUGAGUGUGCGGAGCAUGAAGGGGUGAAGGAGAGGUUGAGGUGA